GCGGGGGACAAGGGAGCUGGUUGAAAAUGGAAGAGGAUUUGAUUUUGCAGCCACUGAAAAGGAGAUGAAGUCUACAGCAGUGGAAGUUACAAUGUGCUGAAUAUAAACAAUGGGCGGAUUGGUCUUUAGAUGAGACGUUGGUACCACCUUCCAUUCUAAAAUAAAUCGCUCUGGCUUGAAGUCACAGCCUAUUUCAUAUCCGGUUUACCCAGUGAUAUGUUACCAUUGUCCUGGUAAAGUAAAUCUUUAUUUGGCUGCAGUCUCGGUAUUUAGAGUAGAUUUUGUAGUUAGAUUGCCAAUUUGUUGGGGACUGAGAAGAGUUUCACUCAACCACACCAUUGAACAGUGCGCGAAACCUGCGCACACUCAGCAUCGUCAGCUGCCGCUUCUCGAGACUCAAGCUAAAUUUGGUCAGAUCUGAGAUCUUGGAGGAUUGUUCUCAUCGAAUCCGUGUAGAAAAUAUAUCCAUAAAAGUUUGAAAAUACGACAGCCUCGAACAUCUCUGGCAUAUCGCUUGACAAACCACUCUCCAACCAUGGGUGGACGGACAGGAACGGCCAUACUGCUAUGUGUGUGGGCCUGUUUGCUGGUGGCCAAAGUGCUUUGUGGGAAAAGCUCUGGACAGAAUGGCCAGACGGACGAGCAGAAAGACAACACAACAGUGUUCACCCGGAUCCUAGACAGUCUUCUAGAUGGCUACGACAAUCGUCUCAGACCAGGGUUGGGAGAGCGUGUAACUGAAGUCAAGACUGACAUUUUCGUGACGAGUAUUGGGCCCGUCUCGGACCAUGACAUGGAAUACACCAUUGAUGUGUUCUUCCGUCAAAGCUGGAAGGACGAGCGGCUAAAAUUUAAAGGGCCAAUGGCGGUUCUCCGUUUGAACAACCUGAUGGCCAGUAAAAUCUGGACCCCUGACACAUUCUUUCACAAUGGCAAGAAGUCUGUGGCACACAACAUGACUAUGCCCAACAAACUCCUACGAAUCACAGAGGAGGGAACUCUGCUCUAUACUAUGAGACUGACCGUAAGGGCAGAGUGUCCCAUGCACCUGGAGGACUUCCCCAUGGAUGCCCAUGCUUGCCCACUGAAGUUCGGCAGCUAUGCUUACACCAGGGCUGAGGUUGUGUACGUGUGGACGAGAGGGGCAGCCCAGUCUGUUGUGGUGGCUGAAGAUGGCUCUCGGCUCAACCAGUAUGAUCUGAUGGGGCAAAGCGUGGACUCUGGGGUUGUCCAGUCCAGCACAGGAGAGUAUGUUGUCAUGACGACACACUUCCACCUGAAGAGGAAGAUUGGUUAUUUUGUCAUCCAGACGUACCUGCCCUGCAUCAUGACGGUGAUCCUGUCCCAGGUGUCCUUCUGGCUCAACAGAGAGUCCGUCCCAGCCAGGACUGUGUUCGGAGUGACAACUGUGCUGACCAUGACCACCCUCAGUAUCAGUGCUAGGAACUCUCUUCCCAAGGUGGCCUAUGCCACAGCCAUGGACUGGUUCAUUGCAGUCUGCUAUGCCUUUGUCUUCUCUGCCCUCAUUGAGUUUGCUACAGUCAACUACUUCACAAAGAGGGGCUACGCCUGGGAUGGAAAAAGUGUGGUGCCAGAGAAGCAAAAGAAGAAGAAGGAGUCCCUCCUGAAGAAGAACAACACCACCGCCUACACUGCCGCCACUGCUACAGCUUUCGCUCCAAACAUUGCCAGAGAUCCUGGUUUGGCCACCAUUGCCAAAAGUGCUCCCCCUCCCCCCACUGAGCCCAAGGAAGAGCCCAAGCCCAAGCCACCAGAGGCCAAGAAGACCUUCAACAGCGUCAGCAAGAUCGACAGGAUCGCCAGAAUAGCCUUCCCGUUACUCUUUGGAACCUUUAACCUGGUCUACUGGGCAACUUACUUGAAUAAAAAGCCUAAAUUACAGGGUAUGACCCCAGGAUCCCACUAAUCUCAAUCUCAAUCAAAUUAUUUUUUCCCCGAAUGUUUAUUUUCUGAAAACAUGGUUUUCAUGCUGGUUGAAUUCCCAGUCGCCACAUUGCUUUAAUGUCAAAUACCUUCCAAGAUUUAAAAAAAAAAAUAGAAAAGAGUAAAGGUCUUAGGAUCAAUGUGGUGACUAUUUCAUGGGAAUUGUUUUUGGGGGGAGGGAUUAUGCUACUAAAGAAAAUAUGCUAUAAAUAAUAUAUGAUAUACACAAGAGAAUGCUAUUCUACAAAUGCACAUAGCCCAACAAUUAUUAAGGAUCUAUUAUUUGUUUUAGUUUUCUGAUGUAUGUUCAGUUGUUGUUUUGCAUUACAUUUUUAACACUGUAAAAGAAAAUUGUGUUUUUGCAUGAACUGGGCAUUUUUCUUUUCAAAGAUCAAUCAACAUUUAUUUCACCGAUGGACCAGUUUGUUUGAUAUCAGUGACAAAAUGCUACCUUCAAUCUUCAUCAAAUAUUCCUCUAUUCUCUGUAGUUGAUGUUUUUGGGGUUUGUUCAUUUCCUUUUGUUGAAAGAAUCGAGAUAGGGGUUCAGCAAUAGCAAUAAAACAUGUCUCAAUGGAAACAACAUCAUUCAUUCAUCGAUUUUAGAAGAGGCUAAAUGAUUUUAUUGUUUCUAUGUGCAACAUUAGGAGUAAUAUGAAUUUAGUUGUUUUGUAAAUAUGAUCAAGUGUUAGAGAUGUCAACAUUAUGUUUAAGCUUUUCAAAGAGUAACUAAUGGUAUACAUAUACAACUCCUGGCAAAAAAAAUAUUUUCUUUCUUUAACUGUUUCUGAAACAUUGAAAAUAGUUUGUAUGAAGAGAGUAUUUACUGGUUCACUCCAAAGUGACUGUUUCUUACCAAGUCAGUGUUCCACUGGUCGCUGGUCAACGUUGACAGUGGUUAUCAAGUUAUCAAGUACUUAUCAAGUAUAAGUUAAUAUAUAUAUUCAACUAAUUCCAUAGCUGUGUGUAUGUGCGUACUGACACCAACAAUGUGUCAGGUCUGGGAUAGUAAUGAGUAAGAAUGUAAAACUGUCGAAGUCUAAAUGUCGGAAUGCAUUUUAUAUUUAGAAUUAAAAAACACUAUUAUUCUUUACUUUGGUUUCUGGUUUCUAUGGCAGAGAUGAGACCCUAAAGGGACAUUUGUACAGGGCCCAGAGGACUGUCAGCAACAUUGUUAAGUUUCUAAGAUGGCUGGUAGCAGUGAGCGUUGCACCGGCCGGGCAGUGGCAAACACAUUGAGAGUGAAGAGCAGUGCCACUAAGGAAAGGCUACUCCCAUGAUUGAUGACACUACGUUUUCCAUCCUGCUCUAUUCCGUGACCCUGUGAUGGCGCCGUAGUUCCCAUCUUCUGUUACCGAUGUUUUAGACAUCACUUAAAACGCACCUGCUACGCUGCCUUCAGUCUCACAUGCCGUUAGGGGAAGGCUGCUUUUUGGCCUGCGUCUGUUGCUGCUUGAUGUUGAUGAGAGAGAAGGCGGAGGCACUCAACUCUAUUGGCUAGUGCUUGUGUUCUGCGCAUAGGAAAUGUCUUGUAGUUCUUUGACAGUAUUGAAUAUCUAUAUUUUUGUAGCAUGAUGUCAAUCGCUCCUCAGAGAGAACCAACAGAUUCUAAACCAAACGUGAAAACAUGUUUGCUUUCUUUUUAUUUUCUCAUUCCAACAGACAAUGUUUUCCCAGAGGUGGCAAGUUAAAGUUAAUUGUCCUUCUCAUAUUCUGUUGAUGUAGCAAUAUUGAUUAGCAAGGGCUUUUUGAAAAUCUGAAUUUAAAACAUGCAUUGUCCGGGAUGAUAUCCAUGGUAGCUUUAUGGUGACCUCUGUAGUCAUAGUUCCAUGUGUAUUGUUGUUAUCCAAAAUAUCUUUGGAUUAACAAUCACGAGCAAUGGCUUAUAUUUUUUCUUCUCUGUGGUUUUCAAGCCGUCAGCACCUGACUUGCUUUCAGAAAUCUAUGAUCCAAUUUGAGAGUGGGGGUAUUGCAUAGCAUGGGCUGGGGUGUUUUUACAGUAAAUGGGUUUUAUAGUACUGGACAUUGUGCAGUGGUGAUGACAUCUCUGGACCUUGUAGAAAGACUAGAGUGUAUUGUAUAUCAGUGCACAGGGGUGAAAAGGUCAGUGUUUCCCAGAGGGAGAAGGAGAGAGUCAGUUGCAUUACGACCAAUAGACAGAAUCCAUUCCUGGAGAUGGAGGGCUUUCAGUAUGCAGGUUCACUCUGCCGUGCACAGAGUAGUCUGUUUCAAACUGCGUCAGGAACACAAGUUCCGUGUGAAAUGUACAAAUAUAAAUACAUAGAUAAUUAAAUUCAAACGUAUUGUAUGGAUGUUUAAUAUCAUGACGAAAAGAGUAUAAAUAUAUAUAUAAUAUACAUAAUGCAUAUAUGACUAUUUCAUAAAACAUACUAGCUAAGAUAAUGAUAAAUAUUGUUUGUACCAACCUAUUGUUAUGCCUUUUGCACAUUAGAAGUAUACUUUACAUGUAUGUAGUCAGCUUUGUACAAGGACAGCUUUGUGCUGUACAAGGACAGCUUUGUGCUGUACAAGGACAGCUUUGUGCUGUACAAGGACAGCUUUGUGCUGUACAAGGACAGCUUUGUGCUGUACAAGGACAGCUUUGCACCACGUUAAUUCACCUUUUCCUUUGACCGUUGUUUGUCCAAUUAAAAAUGUGUUGUAAAAAGCUUAACUCUUUAAUCAACCAUGCAACCUACUUAGCCGUUUAACACUUUUUUUCUGCUGGGUAAUCACAUAGUUGAUAGUGAUUGUGAAUUACUCUACCAUUAUUUCUUGAUGUACAUGUCUGAAUCUAAUGAUGGUUGAUGGAAAGAUGAUGGCUUUGAAUGUCGAAUGCAUUUUUUGGGGGGGGUGGGGGGGGGGGUGUUAUGGUAAUAAAGUUAGUCAAUUGAAAACCUCAAGCUAAAGUAUAUCAAGUUAACAUACAUUUUUAUUUGACGAUGAAAUUAAUCAGAUUUGAUUAUAUAAUCUGAGACUGAUGAAUUGCAGACUGGAUAAAUACACUUUUUUAUUUUCCACAUAGCUAGCAAUUUAGUUUUAGAGAUAGUUAGUUCCUCUAUCAUUUAGCAAAUGAAAACCUCAGCUACAAUUCAUUUCAUAGUGGAAAGUGGACCCACCCCACUUGUUGUUAUUCUGGCAUACUCAUUUAGGAAGGCAUUGUAUUUGCUCCAUAGCACUGGCUGUGGAAUCUGUGGCACAUUUUCAAACAUGAGCUUCCAACCCCUUUCCUUUUUACAUUCAUCAGCUGUAACAUGUAAAAGCACCUCAAACCGAUCCCCUAUGUUGGAGACCAAGUGAUCCCCCAUCGAGAAUCCUCCCUCAUUGCUUUUCAAAGUUGGGUCUUUGAUCAAUAUUAGGUGCCUGUGGGAGUUUGUUGUUUUCUUGUGCAUUUAUUUAUCAGGCAUACAAAUAUAUUUAAAUCGGAAAUAAAAACACAUUUUCGAAAGCGCAAAUGUUGCAGAUUUAUAAUGGAUGAGGGUGAAAGGCAUCCACACACACUGAUAUGGAACAGCUGAUCAAUUACAACGAUGAUGGAGAAGGGGAAGGAUUCUGUUGGAUUGGAUGGAAAGGUGCAUCUUCUGUAAAUGUCUGGUUUUGUUAUAAAAUGACUCUCAGUAGAAUCUGAUUCUCAACAUACGUCUUUAAAUAAACCUGGUCACGUUGACAUUUUUAUCAAUGUGUAAUAAAUGAUUAAAAUGCCAA